AUGGGUAAGCAUAAUUCUGUAUCAACUUUAAUGAAAGAAAUGUUUCCUGGGAUUAUGAUAGUCAAAUGUAUCUGUCACUCAUUACACUUAUGCUGCAGUCAGGCAUGCAAAUCACUUCCAAGAAGAUGUGAAGACUUAGCAAGGAAUAUUUAUAACUUUUUUGGGCAAAGUUCUAAAAGGCAAAGCCAGUUUGUUGAAUUCCAAAACUUUUGUAGUAUAAAGGUACAUAAAAUAUUACAUCCAUCACAGACCCGUUGGUUAUCGCUUCUAGAAGUAGUAAAUCGUAUUUUAGAGCAAUGGGAAGCUCUAAGAUUAUUUUUCACCGAUAAAUGGCUAUCUGAAAAGUUAUUAUCUACUGAAUCAAUUUAUAAACAAUUGCUAGAUCCAUUUACAAAGGCAUAUUUCAUGUUUUUAGAAUUCAUAUUACCAAAAUUCACUUACUUAAAUCAAUAUUUUCAAACAGAAAAGGUUAUUUUGCCCAAUUUGCACGAAAAAAUGGAAUUCACAUUUAAAGAAAUAUUGAUGUAUUAUAUGAAUAAAAAGUAUGUUCUUCAAACACCAUUAGGAGAAUUGAAUCCCGAAGACCAUGAAAAUAUUCUUCCUGGAAAACAAAUAUAUGUAGGUUAUAAAUUGUCCACAUAUUUAUCAAGUAGGGUUAUUACUAGUCGUCAAGAUUUGUUAUCAGAAUUUAAAACAAAAUGUACUGAAUUUUAUAUGGUAUCUUGUAGUCAGAUUAAAAAAAGAUAUAACUUUUCUGACACUGUUCUUCCUUUGAUAAGAAUGCUCACUCCAUCUGUUGCUGUAUCAUUUAAUAAAAGAGAAGAAUAUCCAAGUAUAUGCAAUUUAGCUAGUCAGUUACCUAGAAUAAUAUGUGAAAAUCAAUUUCAAUUAAUAGAGGAUCAAUGGAGACAACUUCCAUUAGUUAAUAUAUCAAAAGAUAUAAUAAAAGAUGAAGAUCCCGAUAAAUUUUGGACGUAUCUUAAACAUUUAGAAAGUGGGCAAUUUAGUGAACUUGCUUCAUUUUGUUUAAGCGUUAUGUCUCUUCCCCAUUCCAAUGCACAAUGUGAAAGAAUUUUUAGUAAGAUGAAUAGAAUUAAAACUAAGUCAAGAAAUAGAUUAAUUACUUCAACUGUUUCCGCAACCUUAAUGACCAGUGAAUGUAUAAAAGAACAUGGUAGAGGUAUUUGCGUCGAUUUUGUGCCAUCCAAAGAAAUGUUUGAUAGAAUGUGUUCAAAUAACUUAUAUCCUAAGACUGAUUUAAUCGAUACAUACGAUUUUAUACUUAAAGAUUAA